AUGCUGGUCUAAGUGUUAAUUGUAAUGGUGAUAUACAAUGUGCUGACUCCAAUGCUGCAUGUAUCCAGGCUGAUGAUGGAGUAAACAAUGUCUGCAGAUGUAACUCAAUGUACUUUGACAGCAAUGGGUAUUCCACUCCUGGAGGCAUGUGUAUUGCAAUGUCCACACUAGCAGUGACUGGUCUAACAUUAACAAAGGAGGGAACAGACACAGUCAACUUAAACUGGACACCUCCAUCAGAAUACACUGACCAGGUCAACAGGUAUGAGGUACACUGGACUCCGUCUGCAACCAUCAAUGGGAACACGUUCUACGACGCUCUAUUUACCACAGCUGUACAGUUAGUGGGGUUCGUACCAGGUCAGACCUAUACCUUCUCUGUCCGCUCUGUGGAGUCUGGAAGUCGUUCAGAGGAACAAUAUCCUGUAACUACAUUUUCAACAACAAUGAAACCAUCUACACCAUCAGGGUUUACAGCGACAGAUGUAGACGGUCCUCAGAUAAUAUUAUCCUGGAACCUUCCUAGGGGUAUUAAAACUAGUUAUGACGUCACAACGACACCGGUACUUAGUCCCACCACCACACCUACAGAAUCUAUAACCUAUACCGCUAAUGUACUAGACGGACAGCGAUACAGCAUCUCUGUAACCACCGUCAGUGGUAGUGAGCGGAGUGAUCCUCUGUUAGCUACAUUCAGGACAGUAUCCAAAACUCCAGAUCCUCCUACGGGAGUUAUUUGUAACUUCAUCACAGAUAAAACCAUCACCCUGACCUGGACAGCUCCAGUGUAUCCGAACGGAGACAUCCAACACUAUGUAGUCAACAGUAUUACAACUAAUGCUAUGUUUCCCACAUCAACAAACCUGACUGAGUUUACAGUUCAUGGACUAAAGCCAGAAACCAGUUAUGUAUUCAGUGUAGCUACAGUCAAUGAUGCAGUGAUGCCAAGUUCCAACCAAAGUCAAUACAGCUCACAGAUGGGAUGCUGGACAAAAGCCGCCAUGUCAUUGGAGCCGAGCAUGUUAGUUGUAUCACAGGAACAGAGUCGACAGUUUACCCUGAACUGGGCCAAGCCUACUAUUACCAAUGGUCAUCUUCGGGGAUACAGACUCAGAGUGUUGGACGGGAGCAUGUGUGUGCAGGAGGUCAUCUUUACUUGUAACAACUGUACAGGGGUAAUGUAUACGGCUUUCUCCUUUAUAUGCCAUGAAGAGGUCAGACAAACAGUAACAAUUUUACCUACAGACUUAGAUAGUUACACCUACACUGUCGGGAACCUUCUACCAUAUAUCAACUACACAGCCAGUGUGGUAGCUGUAAAUGCUGUAGGAGACGGUCACCCUAACACACAGUAUGCCAUGACAGACCAGGAAGUUCCACAGCAUCCUACCACCUUGACAGCUACUGUUGUGAGUAGUACUGAAGUAAAUGUGACCUGGGACAUCAGUGAUCCAAAGCCUGGACCUACCACCUAUACAUUGUAUAUCAUAGCGGUAGCACCGGAGUCAAGUCGUACAGAAUCCAUACCAGGGUUCUCAGUCAGGACACACAAAGUGGUAGGACUACAGGAGUACAGAACUUACACGUUCAAUCUGACAGCUUCUACUGUAAAGGGGACGGCUCUAUUUCAACAGACACUGCCAUCUGCAAAAACACUUGCUGCAGCUCCAGGUGCAGUGAGUAACUUUACGGUAGCUCGCCCCAAUGGACCGGAUUACACAACUAUGAGGGUAUCCUGGGAACUACCAUUGGUAUUGGAGAGAAACAGUGACAUCGUUAAGUUCAUGUUCACACACAACACUACUGGAGGGAAUUUAAAUGCUGAUCCAGAAGAAAUACCGAUAGAUACUAAUGUUAUCACUGUCACAAGAGAUCUGGCAGUUUUACCACAGAGGACCUACUACAUUGAGGUGUAUGCUGUAGGUAAUAACACUGAUGGAGUUGUCUAUAAUGGGUUCAAAAGCUUCAAUACCUAUAUGGCCCCUGCAGGACCCCCACCUUUGGAUGUAGGAGAAACAGUAAUCCCGACCAGCAGUAAUACCAACAUUCAAGCAACACAGACUUCAUUCACACUGACACUUACGGAAGGCUUUUUCUCGAACGACCUAUAUGGCCAUAUAGAAGAUUCCUCUUUGGUGCUGUGUAAAGGUUCCUGUACAAAUCUUGGUGACAUGUCAGAAGCAAAAUCACAUGAUUACUUGACCAACCUAGUUGGUUGGAAAGAUGCUCGUGCAAAUGGUUAUCCAGGCGAAUACAGGGCAAUGUCAAAUUCUGAGUUUACCACAUAUCUCGAUCAAGCAAGUACAUCUGGUCGACGUAAGAGGGCAACCAAAACAUUUGUGGUUGAGAUUGGGACAGGGAAAAACUGUGUAACAUCAACAGAAACCUAUUGUAAUGGACCACUGGAAGCAGGCUCAAUUUAUGUUGUGAAGGCAGUUGUGUGUACUGCAGGAGGUUGUACAUUGUCCUCGCUUUAUGGACCAUAUUCAACAGAGAAAGUUCCAGAACCUGGAACCAACAUUAGUGUCAUCAUUGGCGUUGUCUGUGGGAUUGUGGCUUUCGCCAUCGUGAUUGUCCUUGUCGUUGUCCUUCUAAAGAGGAGGCAAAGUUCCAAACCAAGUACAUACAAGUCUGAUGAAGAUCCGGGAACAGGUUUUCAAGAGAUUGAUAAAAAACACAUCCCUGACAAAAGUUCCAAACCAAGUACAUACAAGUCUGAUGAAGAUCCGGGAACAGGUUUUCAAGAGAUUGAUAAAAAACACAUCCCUGACAAAAGGUGA